AUGAUCUCCGUGAGGACUGUCCUUGUCUCGUUGGCCCUGCUUUCCGUCGCCAACGCGUCCGGAAACGCAUUCAAACCUCUGCAGCACUCAGGACCUGCGUCGCCGUACUUCGACGCGCCUGCGCAGUUCGGCAUUGGCUCUGAUACUCCCGCGGAGUGCAAGGUCGAGCAGGCGGCGUACAUAGUGCGCCAUGGCUCGCGGUACCCCGAGCCAGGCUCGUACAACGGGUGGGUGUCGUUGUAUGAGAAGUUCCAAAAUGCGACGUUUACCGCGAAGGGACCCUUGGCAUUUAUCCCUUCGUGGACCGUGCCCGUGGACAACGUGAGCCAUGAGCCGCUCUACCUGUCGAGCACGGGCGCAAGGGAGGCUUUCGAUCUUGGGGUUGACCUUCGCAAGCGCUAUGGGUUCACUGCCGGCGGCGACAACUUCACUGUUUGGGCUGCUGGUCAACAGCGUGUGAUGGAUACCGCGACCUGGUUUGUGCACGGCUACCUUUCUGCGGGCAACUACCUCUCAACAACGGACGCGAACCGGGGCCACAUCGUCACCAUGCCAGACUCGGUCAACUAUACGUUCGCCGACUCCCUUACGCCUUCGGCGGCGUGUCCCACCUACAAGUCCGGAGACAAGUCGUCUCUCGCAGAUAGUUACCGCGCGCUCUUUCGGCCCGCCAUUGCCGCGCGACUGAACAAGUACCUCGACGGGUUGGAACUUGACGAGACGGACAUCGGCGUCAUGCAAGAUCUGUGCGGAUUCCAGACUGAGGUCAGUGGAGACCAUCGGUUCUGCGAUGUGUUUGAGGAUUCCGAGUGGCUCGACUACGAAUAUGCUCAUGACCUCAACUACUACUAUGGUGCUGGUCCUGGAAACCCAUUCUCUGCUGUCAACGGCAUUCCUUACGUCAAAGCGGCCACCGAUCUACUCGUCACCGGCCCCAACAGCGCCGACGCAGCUUCCGGCAACUUCACGCCCUCGCCUCUGAUCAUGAGCUUCACGCACGACAACAACCUGCCCCCGGUUCUCUCGGCGCUCGGACUCUGGAACACUUCCUCGCAUGAAGCUGUCUACCCUCUCAGCUCGACCAAGCGGGAACCCAAGCGGACCUUCCGCUCGUCCUACGUCGUCUCCUUCCGCGGCUUCAUCGCGCUCGAGCGUCUCUCGUGCGACCACGCCCCAGGCGCGAAGAAAUACAUUCGUGUGAAGAUCAACAACGCCGUCACUCCGGUGCCAGGCUGCCAGAGCGGACCCGGGGGAUCGUGCCCGCUCGCGUCGUUCGAUAAAUACGUUGCCGGACGCGCGGCAACUAUCGGUGACUUCAAGACGGUAUGCGGCCUCGAGGACGUUGCGAACGCGACGAGCGAGCUAGAUAUUUACACGAAUGUUCCGUCCACGAACGCGGAGUCGAGCAUACUGCAGGUUCCGCUCUCCUACGCGGGAGCGCUGUAG